AGUCUUUCUUUGACGGUGCGGUUCAUAUAAUACUUAUUAUCUAGGUAGAGGUUUAAAAUUAUUAUAAAUACAAUAGCAAUUUUUAAUAGUUGUGUUGAAGUGAUGAGGAUCCCUUUUAUUGUCUUAAUUUUAGUGGUGGCAAGCAGAAGUUCUGUUGCGGGGUGUUUACUUCUAGACAAGCCAUGUCAAGUUCGCGAGAUACAGAACCAGUCGGUGGUGUGUGUGUGUACUGAGGACUACUGCGAUAGCAUCUCCACCAGCCGGCCUCAGCAUGGGACCUACCACAUUUAUAGAUCUUCUCAGGCGGGUCUUCGUUUGGAAAAACGGCAUGGAUGAAUUAGGUCGUACAACUCUUCACACGAAUACGAGACGGAAAUAAUCUUGAACCCACGGAAGACCUACCAGACCAUCGAGGGGUUCGGGGGCGCAGUCACGGACGCCGUCGGGAUCAACUGGCUGAAACUCACCAAGCCUUUACAGGAAACUUUCGUUGAGUCAUACUUCGGCGACUGCGGCAUAGGCUACAACAUGAUCCGGGUGCCUAUCGGUGGCUGUGACUUCUCCACGCACCCCUACGCCUACAACGAACUACCCGCCAAUGACGUCAAACUGAGCAACUUCUCGCUCGCUGCUGAAGACUUCAAUUUGAAGCUCCCGCUGAUCAAGCGCCUGAGGGCGGCUUCCACGGAGCCGGUCCACGUGCUGGGCACCACCUGGUCCCCGCCCGUCUGGAUGAAGACCAACAACAAGAUCACGGGGGUCAGCCGCGUCAAGCCAGAGUACUUCCAGACUUAUGCGGACUACCAUCUGAAGUUCCUAGAGAAAUACUUGGAGAAUGGCGUCCCGGUGUGGGGCAUCACCACCACUAACGAGCCGUUCAACGGGGUCCUCCCGCUGCCCACUUUCAACUCCCUGGGGUUCACGCCGGAUGGCAUGGGACGAUGGAUAGCGGAAAAUUUGGGGCCAACCAUUCGAAACUCCAAAUUCAAAGAUACCAAGAUCUUGGGUAUCGACGAUCAGCGAUACGUGAUUCCGUUUUGGUACACAUUGGUGGUGGACCUCUGGCCAGAAGCGGAUACCUACCUGGACGGCCUGGCAGUGCACUGGUACCUCAACAAGGAGGUGCCCCCCUCCGUGUACACGCUGGUCAACAACACCGGAAAGUUCAUCAUCAGCACGGAAGCCUGUUCUGGUUUUGAACUCAAUAACCCUGACAAGGUGAUUCUAGGAUCUUGGAAACGGGCUGAAGAUUACAUUGGCGAUAUUAUAGAGAGCAUAAACUCCGGUCUGGUUGGCUGGAUCGACUGGAACCUGUGCCUCGACCCUCAAGGCGGUCCCAACUGGGUGGAGAACUUCGUGGACUCUCCCAUCAUCGUCACUUCCUCCACGGAGUUCGUCAAACAGCCAAUGUUUUACGCCAUGGCUCAUGUGUCCAAGUUUGUGCCGAGAGGCUCACAGAGGAUCGAUGUAAGAAUAAAAGGAGAUUCCAUUGAAGCCAUGGCAUUUGUUCUGCCCGAUUAUAUGGUGGUCGUUGUUAUUUUUAACAGGCAAGAUGAAACGAGGAAAGUGCGGUUGCAGUUGUUUUCUAAAGAGAUAGUGGUUACAGUGCACGCGAGGUCCAUUAGUACUGUGCAGAUACCAUAGAUAUAUAUUAUACAAAUUAAUAAUCAAGAUCUAAGAAAACUAUCACUUAAAUUA